AUGUCUGACGACAACAUCAGUGACAAGCAGGAGUCCUCCACGGUGGAGAUGCUGCGCCGUAUGCAGACUGCGGAUAGUGUUUUGCUGCCAAUUCCGCGCGAUGCUUUUGAAAAAUUGUAUCUCAGUCCCAAGCUGCCAGCGGCAGGUAACUUGCGUCGAACAUUCGGUAACCCGACGCCGAUUUCGUUGAUGGGCUUCUUGCUCGCUGCGACACCAGGUGCGAUGCAGACAAUGGGCUGGCGAGGUUCUGGUGGUAAUGGUGGUGCUAUUUUGCCCGUGUUCAUCUUCUUUGGUGGAAUGGUACAAAUUCUCGGUGGAGUUGGCGAGUGGAUCAUUGGAAAUACUUUCUCCUGCGCUCUGUUCUUCACAUACGGUACUUUCUGGAUUGUUCAAGGCACCACCCAAAUGCCAUUCUUCGCUGUAGGCACCAACUACUCGUCUACCGGUAACACACUUGAAGGCGUUCAGACACCGGAGUUCGACGCUACUAUUGGCUUGUACUAUGUCUGUUUAGCACUUCUCACCUUCGUCUACCUGAUAUGUUCACUCCGCACAAACGUCUGCCUCUUCCUCGCCUUGUUCCUCCUUGUCAUCACAUUUGCUUUGACUGGAGCUACAUAUUUCCAAAUGGCCUUGGGGAACGUGGCUGCUGCGGCUAAAUUGCAAAUGACUGCUGGUGCAUUCAAUUUCGCACUUUGUUUACCAAUUUGGCAUAUCUUUAUUGCGCAGAUUCUCGAGGCUGUCGACUUCCCAUUUGCACUUCCAGUGGGUGAUUUGAGUACUGUUAUCCUAGGCAGGACUCAGCGCGCUCGGAGGAAGGAAGCACAGACUUAA